AUGCCCUCCAAGAAAACAAAGACAGCUAACCCCCGCCCGAGGUCAAGCAACGACUCUCCUUACGUGCAGGCCAAUAUCGUCAACGAUGAGGCCAUCGGGUUGCUCGCUGAGAACUUGCGCGCCAAGCGUCCGUCUUUGCGAACGCGGUCUGCUUUGCUUAAGUCGCUGCCGUUUCAUUAUUCCUCUUUGCACGAAGAGUCUUCUCUUUCGGAGUGGCUCCAAUCCACCAUGUCCUCUGAGUGUCAGGAUUCCGACUUCUUAUUUAUUUUCGCGAAAUAUCUUGACUGGUGGGAGCGUUCUGGCGUAUACCAGGAGGUCUCAGAGGGGAGGGAUCGCAAGAAAUUGAAGGAGUUGCGCCUUGUCAUACGGCGGUUUGGUCUCGAAGACCGAGUCAUCACCCCGGCGCCGGACCAGUUCCUCAGCAUUCACAGUCGCGGGCCGCUUAUUUGGACGGAUACGCAUCAGUGGCUGAUUCUGUUGAUUUUCUUCGACGUUCUUGCCGACCUCCGCAAUGUGCCUGAUGCCGGUGCUGAUCGUUUCGCACCGUCUCCAGAGCGUCUGCGCGCACUCACAAACGCCUUAACAUCGCCGUGGCUCUCGAUGCGACUCGAUUGGCAGUCUGCCGUUAAAGCGGCCAUUAACGUCGUCAAGGCUGCGCAUGGAGUUUCCAACUCCGAGGAUGAUGUCACGGUCCAGAACCUGUUGGCCUCACGGGCUCUUGGGUCCUCGUCCACCACAGCGCAUGGAGGAGUCGACGGGUCCCCUUUUGCGCCACCCUUUCUCUCACCGCCCGAUUCGGAGUCACCCGCUGACUCGGCUUCUCCGCGUAUUGACCGCGAUUCUAUACUGGCGGUCUUUGAGGGUAGUAAGGACAAGUUGCAGUUGCUUUUUACGCAGUUUGACAACAUGUCUCUCACUGCCGCCUUUGACCGCAUGCUGCCGUCCGUCAAGAGAGCGGAUGAGCAGGGACAAUAUCUCGCCAUUUGCAUUAACAUUCAACUGGCAGCUCUCGCCGUGAACUAUAUUCAGUCGAACGUUCGCGCUUCCAAAUUGUUUGCUCUCAAGGAUAUCACGCGUGAUCUGCCUCCAUCUGAGCGUGCGGAGUGGAUGGGCCCCCGGCUCAUAUUCCAACCAUUCAUUCUCAUGCUCACCUACUCUUCCCUCUUUGUCUUGGCCAAAACAAGGCUUUACUCUUCACCGUUGCCCACGUUUGCCGUCGCGUUCGAGAUCUUCAAGGCGAUGGGAAAUGUCGGCAAGCCUCAACCUUUACAGGUGCUUGAGCGGAGCAUCUGGGCUCUCGUUUUGCAAGUCGCUCAGGGUGCAUCCGUCUACGAUUUGCUUCCCAUCUACAUGUCAGUAUGGCUUGCCGACAUCGACAACAUUCGCGUUGAGGAAUGCAAGACGUGGUUAGAUGAUUUUGGCUCACAAGUCGAUGCGGCGACCGAUGCCCAGAUCCGCGAUUGGGAUGACGAAGAUGUCGUCCAAAUGAGCAAGGAAUACGUGGAGCAGCGGGAUUCUCUUCGUCCUGUGAAGUCUGAGGUCAAUAGCAAUGGCAAGAGGCCCGCUGGUUCUCCCCCUGGUACUCCAUCUCCCGCUCAGAAGCAGGCUCGGCCGCGCGUUCUCGCUCUCGUGAUUCUGACGGUGAAAAGUCUCAAAUCUUGCGCGUCUGGAUUCUGGUUGACAUCUAUACCUGCAGGCCAAGCGCGCUCUACUCAGCGCUCUGAAGCUGGAGCCUCCGGGACGAGAGAUGACGACCCUUUCUAUGGAAAACUCACACCUCAGACCAGCGACGACGAGAACGACGUUGACGCCGAGGGCGAUGAAGAGGAAGUCGACCCUGCGGAGAAGAUGGACAUCGACGGUGCUGCCGAGGUUCUGGACCGCUCCGGUCGGUCGGCUCGUGACGAAGAUGAUGAGCAAGACGAGGAGGACGGUGAAGGUGGCGAGGACGAGGACGAGGAGGGCGAGGCGGGUCAUGAGACGAAGAAGAAGAACGUUAACGUUGACGAGGAAGACGGUGAAGGUGGCGAGGACGAUGACGAGGAGGAUGAGGACGAGGAGGACGAUGCGGCCCACGAGACGAAGAAGAAGAACGUCGACGUCAACGAGGAGGAGGAUGAUGAGGAGCAGUCGGACGACGAGGGUGAGGAUAACAAAGGCGGCGAAGGCGGGGAGGAGGAGGAGGACGAACAUCGGGCAGACGAUGACGACGAUGAGGACGGAGGCAACAGCGACGUCACGAACGCUGGUGUCCAAGGCGCUGAGAACGGUGCUUUCAACGGAAACGGUGCUGGCGGUGUUGGAGGCAGUGAGGGCGGAUCGCGAGAGGGAUCUCGAUCCGGCACUGUCGAACCUCUUGAGGUCGAGCCUCCGUUCAACCCUGUCGCGGUCGAGGUGCCCGUUUGGUCCAACAAAGGAUUGGACAGUGUAAGCUGGCUUCCGGGACGUCGUGAUGCCGACAAACUGUUUCACUUGUUGGCCGCGCGCGCAGUUACUGCAUACGCUCCCGGUUCUCAGGAUAGCGCGAUUCAGGUCUUUUCUCACGCGGAUUUUGCCCGCAUGUCCUCGCGUGACGUCUCUGAUGUCUUCGCCAAGUCGUCGAUUCUUGUGAGAGGGGGCCAUGCGGACUCAUUCUGGGCAUGGGGCUUGGAAGCUUUCUCUGCCAUUCGCCCCGUAAUCGACGCACGCGCAUCCUUCUCUUCGGCGACUUUUCUGGGGACCGUGACGAAAACUAUCCCAGAGUUGGUUAGUGCCGGCAUGGAAGGAAGCACCGAAGUGGUGAACUGUCUGGACCUCCCUCUCGGACUCGAUCGACUUCGUAGCAUUCCGCAUAUCGCCGGUCACGGCACAUUCAACGCUCUUCCUUACCUUCUCAGGAUCGUGGCGCGCGACGAGGUUGUCGACUUCGCAGAAGUUACCGCGAAGAUGCACUGGGCUCUCGCUGGAGUUGCUCGUUCAGAGACUGUGCAGCAUAUCGACAGCGGAGGGUAUGCGACCGUCAUUGAGGUUUUGUGUGGGCGUAAGCUGUGGGCUAUUGGCACGCCUGUUAACGGUUCUGCUUUUGCAAACGAUACCUCUUGCGCCUCGCGACCUUCUGCCUUGGACGACUGGCAGUCUAUUGAGCGCGAAGAUAUGCGUUGGGAGUCCGUUCUGUUGGAAGCUGGAGACAUAUUCUUCAUGCAACCCGGACCGCAUAUGGUUUACACGCCGAUCAGCUCGAUCUGCUACGGAGAGUAUUUCAUCACCCCCGCGACGCUGGUCGAGCAUGCAACGUCGUUCGCCCUGACCACUGUUGGCGACAAGAUCGUGACGAAUGACCGCAUCCCCGAAGCGCUGCCACUGUACCUUGCCUUUGCGUCAUGGUGGUGGCACGGUGAUAUAAAUGCCGGUACUGCUGUAUACGAUCCCAGCGCGCGUACUUCACGUCCGGUUUUGGACGAACACCCUCGCGUGUACGUAGCGCUGCUCGCGAUGCAGGUCUUCCAAACCACGCUGUCGGUCACGACUUACGAUGAGCGUAAUUGGAAGUCGCUCGGUGUGUCUAUGGAAUACGUCGGCAGGAUCGUGUACCGCGAGGAGGCAGAACGCAUCCACGAGUGGAUCUUGAGGCAGGGCAUAGUGGCAAAGCAGGGUGAGAACGUCGACUGCGACGGCUCUGACGAAGAGAGGAUCUUUGCGCUGCAGGACAUCAUCCUCGAGUUCGGCCGCGGCGUGUACAAGUUGGCCGUCGAUCACUCGCGUACCAACACGCAUUUUUCCAUGGCUUCCUUGCGGAAGCGCUUACUCACCGACGCCCGUAAUGCGUACGGUGUCACUGCGAAGAAGUGGCUCGACGGUGUCGACUUCGCGCGCGGUCCUCUUGUUCCUGAUGUGUGUUUUUAUUCCUCCCUUCGUCCUGAGCUCAAGUUCGCGUUCAAAUAA